AUGCCCCCGCGUCUCCGUCUCCUGCUCCUCCUCCUCCUGGCCGCCGCCGCGCUCCCGCCGCCGGCCGCGUCCCAGCUCGGCGACUACGCCGCCCCUCCUCCCCCGCACCCACGCCCGCACCCGCUAAAAGCCGGGACCGCCGGAGGUGCCGCCAGCGGCGGCGGCAGCAGCACCGUGCUCACCACCGCGCUCGUCUCCGUCGCGUCGCUGCUCAUCGUGCUCCUGCUCUACCUCUGCGUCGCCAUCGCCGUCCGCCGCUUCCGCUCCCGCCGCCCCUGCGGCGCCGGCGGCCCGGACGAGGAGGACGGCCGCGGCGUCCCGUCCCAAACCCAGUCCUCCCGCGCCGCCGCGUUCCUCCGCCGCCACGGCCUGCACCACGCCCGCCCCUCCUUCACCUACGAGCAGCUCCGCGCGGCCACCGCCGGCUUCGACGCCGCGCGGAAGCUCGGCGACGGCGGCUUCGGGACCGUCUACCUCGGCUACCUCCCGCCCGCCGCCCGCCCCGCCGCCGUCAAGCGCCUCCACAUCCCGCCCUCCCCGGGCCCGUCCUUCCCCUCCGCCGCCGCCGCCAUCACCAAGUCCUUCUGCAACGAGGUGCUCAUCCUCUCCGCGCUCCGCCACCCGCACCUCGUCCGCCUCCACGGCUUCUGCGCCGACCCGCGCGCCCUGCUCCUCGUCUACGACUUCGUGCCCAACGGCACCCUCUCCCACCACCUCCACCGCGCCACCUCCACCACCCUCCCCGCGCGCCCGCCGCUCCCCUGGCGGACCCGCCUCGCCAUGGCCGCCCAGAUCGCGUCCGCGCUCGAGUACCUCCACUUCGCCGUCAAGCCGCGCGUCGUGCACCGCGACGUCACCUCCUCCAACAUCUUCGUCGAGGCCGACAUGCGCGCGCGCCUCGGCGACUUCGGCCUCUCGCGCCUCCUCGCGCCGCCCGACGCCUGCUCCACCGCCACCGGCCGGGAGGUCGCCGUCUGCUGCACCGCGCCGCAGGGCACGCCCGGGUACCUCGACCCGGACUACCACCGCUCCUUCCAGCUCACCGAGAAGAGCGACGUCUACAGCUUCGGCGUCGUCGUGCUCGAGCUCGUCACCGGGCUCAGGCCCGUCGACGUGCGCAGGGAGCGCAGGGACGUCACGCUCGCCGACUGGGUGGUCUCCAAGAUCCAGAUCGGGGAGCUCAGGGAGGUCGUCGACCCGCCCGUGCUCGACGAGUGCCCUGCCGUGAUGCCCACCGUCGAGGCGGUCGCAGAGCUGGCGUUCCGGUGCGUCACGCCGGACAAGGAUGACCGGCCCGACGCCCGGGAGGUGCUGGCCGAGCUGAGGAGGAUCCAGGACAUGCUUCCUCCUGAAUUGCCCACCCACAACCACAAGGGCUCUUAGACAUGGUUUCUGCGGAUCAGAAAUUCUGAAUUGUGAUAGCACUGCACAAUCUCUUGCGUUGCUGAUGGCUGUGGCUGAAAAAAGAUUGGCAUCGUCCUUGCAUUUGUCCAAGACAAGUGCCUCAUGGUGGAUGAGACAUGUCGCAAUCCAAGGUGCGUACACAGGUUGUAGAUACACUGAGCUUAAAUGUAACUGUGUUGGUUCUGUGAGCUGAUGAAGUAGUAUGAGCAAAGCUCUUCAAUAGCAUUGUGCUAACAGAGCAGGAGUCUUAACUAUGUGUUCUUGUAGUAAGCUGUUUAUCCGAGGAACUGAUGGUAUAAAACAUCCCAUUGGGCCUU